AUGACAUUCGUGUGGAGGACGACAUCUGACGUGAAACAACCGAUCAUCAAAAUGAAGCUGCGCAUCGCGAUGAACCUGCUGUUUGUGGCGUUCACUGUUGCAAAUGCCAAUUAUUAUGUACCUAACAUACCGCAACCUCGUUGUCCUCCACUGCCGCCGGAUACGGUCGGUAUUUGCGUAGAACGUUGUACCGAUUACUCCUGUCCAUGGGAUCAGUUAUGCUGUUCCAACGGAUGCGGUCACGUUUGCAAAGAUGCCUAUUAUGAUGGAUGUCCAAGCGGGAACAAACUAUUCUGCAAAGCGCCAGCGUGUGAUGUAACUACUUGUCCCAGACAAAUUGAAACAACAUGCAGACCAACUUGCUUCGGGUGUAUACCUCAUUUCUUCGACCAAUUCAACAAUGAAGUCACAGAAAAAUGCGGAUGUCUCAACGGCGAACAACCUGUACAAUGCUUUGAUAAUCCUUGUCGACAGAAAAAAUGCCGUAGGCAUCCCAAAGCAGUUUGUCGUACAAAUACGUGUGGAACAUGUGAGGCUAUUUUCUACGAUCGUUUUGGAAACGAAGUCAAUUGUGAACCAGUAUGCAAGCAAGAAAAAGAUCCAGGACCGUGCGAAGCCCUUAUUCCAAGAUAUUAUUACAACACCGAAUCUAGAAGAUGCGAACGGUUCAUCUAUGGCGGUUGCCAAGGAAACGAAAAUAAUUUCAAAACUUUGAAAAAAUGUCAAAGGACUUGUGGUCACGAUAUUUGUAAGCAACCAAAGGAUUCGGGACCCUGCGAAGCCGCAAUUUCAAGGUAUUUUUUCAACACUAAAAGUCAAGCAUGUGAACAAUUCAUCUACGGAGGGUGUCAGGGAAAUGACAACAACUUCAAAACUUUGCAGAAAUGCCAAAUUAAAUGCGGCGGAUACAAAUUUGAUCCAAAAUGCCCCAGUGUUCCAAGAGAUCAAGCCGGAAUCUGCAUCUUUUCAUGCUCUUCUAACAGUGACUGCAAGCGGGAAGGUCAAAUCUGCUGUAGCAACGGAUGUGGUUCAACUUGUGUAUAUCCACCAUUGGAUAAACGUUGCCCCCCGCCAGAUCCAGAAAUUAUAAGAACACUCCCGUUUCGAAUUUGCCCUCAGCCAUCCUGCUUCUCUAAUGAUGUUUGCCGAAAGGGGGAUAUCUGUUGCAGCAACGGAUGUCAACAAAACUGUAUAUCACCUCCAUUCACGGAUCCUAGAUGUUUAAUAGCAAGGGAAAAGCCUGGACGUCGUAGAGAGCGGUGCCAAUCAAAUCUUGAUUGUCGUAAUGGCAAGAUAUGUUGCUCGAAUGGACGCGGUACAGAAUGCCAAGAAGUGCCUGACCAAGUCUAUCGCUGCCCAGCACCUAUUGCACCAGUUUCUCAAAUAUCUUGUCCGAAGAUUUGUGAUACAAACAGUGACUGCAGAAGCGAUCACAUGUGUUGUGAUUUGAUCUGUGGGACUCAUUGCACUGCAAAACCAAGACCGUGUGACCCCAAUGAAUCAAUGCAUAAGUGCAUAAACCUUUGCGAAGGAUUAGUCUGCAGAAAAUAUCCUGGAGCAAAAUGUCGAGUACAUGGUUGUAGCGGGUGUAAAGCCGAAUUUUACGAUGAUCAGGAUAGACGAGUUAAAGACUGCGAUGACAUUAUUCCUCCGCCUUAUUUAUAAUUUGGAAAAUUAUUAGAUGGAUGUAAUCAAUUGAGGGCUGAAUAAUAACAAUUCUUCCUGAUCGUUUGCGAUGAAUAUUUGUUUUACAACUAAAUUCGAGAUGACAUGUAUAAUCAUGUAUGCUGUUUAUAAAUACAGUCAAUGAUUUAAUCCUUGCUUCAUAUAAUUUGCUUAAUAUACUCGAACAUGAAUAAUUGUAUCUUUUCAUUAUGUGUUCGGUAUAUGAUGAACUAAUAAUAUUCUGAUUUGUGAUUUUACGAAAAUACUUGAGCCUAAUUAAAUAAAUUUAGAAUUCUAAUUUUUA